AUGGCGGAGAGUCAGACGCCGACAUUGCAGAAGCGGUCUGCUCUCAUUCUCUAUGGCUCCGAAACUGGGAAUGCCCAUGAGGUGGCAGAGGAGCUGGGAGUGCUGGCUGAGCGCCUGCAUUUCGUGACUCAGGUCUCCGAGUUGAAUCAUGUCAAGCCGGUCGGUUUUCUCGAAAACCUUCGCUCCUACAAUGUGACUAUCUUUGCCCUCUCUACGACAGGUCAGGGUGACCUGCCCGCCAAUGCCCGAUCGUUCUGGCGGUCGUUGCUGCUGAAGAAGCUCCCCGCCACAUUCCUAAGCGGGGUUAAUUUCGUCUCGUUUGGUUUGGGGGACAGCUCGUAUCCCAACCUCGAAGGGACCUUUCUUCCGUGGAUGACGGAUCUCCGCAAGCACCUGCUAGAGACCUAUCCACUACCGCCAGGACUGGAUCCGAUACCGGACGACACCCAGCUGCCCCCUAAAUGGGUUCUGCAACCACAGGCCCAGGACACAUCUUAUCAUCAGACGGAUGUCUCUGUACCCGGAACCCAGGAGGCUCACGUGGAACCCGAUGCGUACCCGGGGCUCACUAGAUUAGAUCAUGAUCUGAGACCCAUCCCAGAUACCUUGGCGGCCACCCUCACCGGUAACAAGCGGGUGACGCCGCCGAAACACUGGCAAGACGUGCGACAUGUCUCGCUGACCGUUCCUGACUUCGUCUCAUACAACCCAGGUGACAUGCUCGCCAUCACGCCGAAAAACUUCGCCGACGAUGUGGAGGCAAUGAUCAAGAUGAUGGGCUGGGAGGAGCAAGCCGACCUGCCCGUUUCGCUAGUCCCUAGGGAUAGCCAGCAAAUAGUAGACGAGGAACAUCUUCCUCCUGUUCUCGGCCUCGAAGCAUACCCGAAACUGACGUUGCGAGCGCUGCUGAUGGACUACUUGGAUAUCCGAGCCAUUCCUCGUCGCGCCUUCUUCUCGACGAUAGCCCAUUAUACCAAAGAUGAAAUGCACAAAGAACGACUGCUAGAAUUUACGAACCCCGAAUUCUUGGAUGAGUUCUGGGACUACACGACCCGACCAAGGCGUAGCAUCAUCGAGCUGCUGUAUGAAUUCGACUCAGUCAAGAUUCCGUGGCAGCAUGCCAUUUCGGUCUUCCCCGUUCUUCGGGCGAGGCAGUUCAGCAUUGCGAGCGGCGGAGAGCUGAAGCGAACCCCGGAAGGCGGGACGAAAUUUGAACUACUGAUUGCCACGGUGAAGUACAGAACCAUUAUUAAAAGAAUCAGGGAGGGCGUUUGCACCAGAUAUCUUUCCGUGCUCCGUCCCGGGAGUACCUUGAGAGUCCAGCUUCAACGAGGAGGCUUGAAUUCAUCCGUAAACCAGCUCACCGGAACAACGGUACUGAUAGGCCCCGGCACUGGAGUCGCACCCUUACGAUCCAUGCUUUGGGAGAAGGCGGCGCUCGUCAAGGAGUACAAACUUCAGAACCAGGGCGCUGAACCGCCCAUCGGACCGACCAUCCUCCUCUACGGCGGCCGCAACCGGGCCUCAGAUUACUUCUUCGAGGACGAGUGGGAACAGCUGCGCGACUUGAUCAAAUUGCAGGUAUUCACGGCGUUCUCGCGCGACCAGGGCCAGAAGAUCUAUGUGCAGGAUGUUAUCCGCCAGAACCUCGGCCUCUUUUACCAAUUCCUGCAUGAACUGUCAGGUACCGUGUACGUCUGCGGAUCAUCAGGACGGAUGCCACAAGCUGUUCGAGAGUCCUUAACUGAGGCCUUCCAACGUGGAGGAGAGCCAGAAGGAGAGGUCACCAGUCGAGAGGAGGCAGAAGAGUAUUUGAUCGGUAUGGAGAAAAUAGGGCGGUACAAGCAAGAAACGUGGUGA